UACCUCUCGGCGUGACCGAUACGCGAACCUUACCAAAGAAAGAAACAGCAAAACAAAAGGAGUAAAAUCAAGUGAAAGUGCUUUCCAAAUUGAGUUUCCAACAUUUCUCCCUUUCCAGCUGUGCUUCGAUUUCAAACGCCCGCCUAAAAGCUCGCUACGUGCAAUGCGCAGUCAGGAAGGUUCGUUUGCAGUGGCGCUGCUGCUGCUGUUGCUGUUAACAGCCGCAUCCACAGCAGCCGAUGCCGAACCCGAUGUGGAGGCCUCUGUUAGCACUCUGCCGCCCGGUGCAGACGCUCCCCGGAGGAUGGUUAAGCGAGCGCCCACCUCCAGCUUUAUAGGGAUGCGAGGCAAGAAGGAGGAGGAGAAGGAUCAGCGUGCUGCCGACUGGAUAGGACCCGAUCCUCUGGACUACGCCGAUAUGGAUGAAGAAAGCUUGUACUUCGAGAACGGGCGGCGGCUCAAGAAGGCCCCCAUGUCCUUUGUGGGCAUGAGAGGCAAGAAGUAUAUACCCUUUAGUAACCGUCUAUCCGACGUUCUACAUCAGAUAGAGGAGCAGCGAAUGCGCGAGAAUCUACUCCAGGACCUAUUCGAGCGGCUGGCCGCGGGCGACGAUAAUGUUGGGGAUGUGGGAAAGCGGGCACCCACCGGGUUCACAGGCAUGAGGGGCAAGCGACCGAUGAGCGGAGACGAGGACGAAGAAGAUGCCAUGGAACUGCUCCAGAAACGGGCACCGGUCAACUCCUUUCUGGGCGUGCGCGGCAAGAAGGAUGUUUCCCAUCAGCACUACAAGCGAGCGGCUCUGUCAGAGUUCUGGCACACUUUCUUAAAAAAGGCCUACGAUGUGAGGGGCAAGAAGGAGCGCUACGCGGAUUUCAAUAGCAAAUUUGUGGCCGUGCGUGGCAAGAAAAGCGAGCAGGACACUGGCCUAGACACUGACGAUGGCGAUCAACAGUACCUGGUCCGUCCCUGGCUCUACCUUUGGGGGGACAACAAGCGGGCGCCCAGUGGCUUUCAGGGCAUGCGCGGCAAGCGUCCAGCGCUCGUUGAAUAGAAAUCGUUCACUUCAUGGGGUUGACAGUGUUUGAAGUUCCUUUUAGAGCCACGAAACUAGGAAAAGAAAGACAGAAUCAGACAAGAAUCAGAGUUACAGACGACGACAAAAGAGUGUUUGCAAUAAUCUCAGGGCUGGCGAUUAUUUCAAACACCCUCAAAACACACACAUCCACACAAACACAAGGAAACAAUUGGCUUUGUUUUAUUAUCUUUCGGUGUAAUGUAGAACGAGACUUGAAUUGAAUCCAAAGCCUCCUCAAUCAUUGAUCUAUUUGCAUAUCUAAUUGUGAAAUUCUUAAUCAAAAUUAGCAGACAUUUUAUGCACGAGUGGCAAAA